CUUCUUUCUGCUAAAAAACACAAAACAAAACAGUUUUAAGAGAUCUCUUUUUUUGUCUCUUCUUCUUCUUUCUCGAUCGAAUCAUGCAUAAAUCCAAAAGAAACCCGUCAUUCUCCUCCACUCUCCUCGACGAAAUCUACAAUUCCAUCGAUCUUAAAUCCCAAAAAAACCAAUCUUUUGUCGGCUCUGUUAACACCAGUACCAAAAAACAGAGCAUUGUGUCCCGAUCGGUUCCUGACCGUAAGAUCCACCGUGAUCGGUUCUUUGGCUCUGUGUCGUCUUCCUCUGACUCAAACUCAAGCAUCUUCUCAUCUUCCGACACCGAACUAACUCACGGUAAGAAGGUAACUUCUUCGUCCAGACCGUUAUGUUUCGGCCCUUCAAAGACAAAACCAAGGAAAACAGAGGACAAGACUCUGUACCACCAAAACAGAGCAACCCGAGUGUACGACGACUACGAUUACACCUCCGACGUCCGCAGAUUCACGAGACACGACGAGAACUGGGAGCAUUCUAGAACAAGAAGACCCGUUAAGAGCUCCUCCGGAAACCUCAAGAAGCCCAAAACCCCAGCUUCACCAGCCGGAAGAAUCGUCAACUUCAUAAACUCGUUGUUCAGCAACAACAAUUCAAAACAGUCCAAUGCUGUUAAGAGCUAUCCGAGGAAGACGAGUUACGACGACUCUGCUUUCGUUAGGAAAACAUCUAAUGAUUAUCACUCAUCUACUACAACGUGUUCUUCAGCUUCUUCUUUCUCAAGGUCUUGUAUGAACAAAAGCUACGAGAAAUCAUCUGACCGUAUCAAACGAAGCGUUAGGUUCUCUCCUGUCAAUGUGAUCGUCCCCGAGAGUUUUACAAACAAAGAAGAGGACUAUUUCAGUAACGUGAGAAAGUCGGUGAAGAAGAAUGUGGAAGAUGGAGGAAGGAGAUCAGUGGAAGAGAUUGCGAGAGAGUUUUUGAGAGAUUAUCACAAGAACCAUGAAAACAGUUUGGUCAAGAAUAAUAAUUUUGAGGAUUACGAAGAUGAUGAUGAUGUUGCAAGUGAUUCGAGUUCAGAUUUGUUUGAGCUGGAUUUAGUUGGGAAUCAUCAUCAUCAUAAUGUGUACGGAGAUGAACUUCCUGUUUAUGAAACCACUUUUGCUGGUUUGAUCUUGUGAAACCUUUUUUUUUGUUACUUUACUUUAGACUUUCGUUUAAAAAAAAAAUCACAUGGGAUUCUCCACAUUUGUG